UAUGCGCUGUUCGCGCCGCUCGGGACCAUGUGGACCUAACCGCCAUGCCAUACGAUCUGCGCAAGUCGAGUCACUCACAAUUUUCCGUCACUUCAAGAAGAAUUCGAGAGAUGGGCUGAGCAUCUUUCAGGAGAUUGGCUGUGCAAACGAAUGAAUCGGAUCGGAGUAAUUGGCGAGAAUCUCAGGAGAGAAGACCGGGAAAAUGAGCAUCUGAGAUCGCUCUGAAGUAGAGAAGAACCUUACCAUGUACAACACGUUCCAGAUUACCACCGCUUCGAGCUCUGCAGAGCAAGGCGAAAGCGGCAAAAGCGGCCGUCCAAAUGCGGCCUCCAGACGCAUCUCCACAAGCAAUGCGUGUGUCGAGUGCAGACGACGCAAGAUCCGGUGCGAUGGUCUACAACCUUGUGCUCAGUGCCAGUGGUAUCAGCAUCCGGAGCAGUGCGUUUAUGCAAAACCCGUGCAGAGAGUUGUGCCAUCAAGAAAGCUAGUGGAGAAACUGCAGUCGCAGGUCGAGCAGUAUCAUGCAGUCUUCGCAAGGCUCUUCCCGGGCAAAGACGUCGAAGACUUCGUGUCUCUGCCCAGAGCGGAACUCAUCGAUAUGGCCGUGACAUUGCCAGCAGCUAGUGCGUCCCCUAGCCAUGCUCCGGAUCGCCUACUUGCAAAAUCAGAGUCUGUUAAGAAAUCCGAGGGAGCCGACAGCCUCGACGCACUCGAACAAGCUCCGGAGCAGGAUCCUAACACCGACGAAGCAAAACGACUACGAGACAAGAUCCAGGGCAUUUCUGACGACAUCAACGGACUGUCGUUGUCUAUUGAUAGGGCCUCGUCUUAUGUGGGAGUAUCAAGCAUCAACGCAGCAAUGAAGGUCAUCUUCAAGACUGCUCCUAUGGCUCGGCCUUACAUCGCACAAGCACAAGCAGAAACUGCCGCACCGAGUCGUAGCUCCACGCCACCACCUUAUGAUCGCGAUCCGGAUCCCCAAGAGUUACCGCCUGCAGAUGAAGGAAACAGACUAAUCGACUCAUAUUUCGCUCAUGUACAUGUUCUCAUGCCCAUGAUUGAGGAAGACUCCUUUCGACACAGCUACCUAUACGGAUCACGUCGAGAUUCAUCCUGGCUGUGUCUGCUCAAUAUGGUUUUGGCACUCGGAUCAUUGGCUAGUACAACUUGUACAAACGAAGAUCACAUGGUGUACUACCAACGAGCACGAAAACAUAUGGAAGUGGAGACGUUCGGCAGUGGUAGCUUGUUCACUUUACAGGCGUUCGCACUGCUAAGUGGGUACUACUUACACUGGCUGAAUAGACCAAACGAGGCGAACGGGAUCAUGGGCGCAACCCUCCGCAUGGCCACAGCUCAUGGACUGCACAGAGAAUACAGCGAAAGUCGGAGAAACGAAACUCUCGCUGGUGGGAAUGUGGUCUUGAGCAACUCAGAAGUACCAGUAGAGAUACGAAGAAGAACAUGGUGGAGCCUCUACGUUCUUGACUCGUGGGCUUCUAUCACAACAGGAAGACCCUCGCUUGGGAGAACUGGAGACGGCAUCACUAUCGAAAAUCCGCGGAUACCCGAGCAGAUGAACAACGCUCAAUACCUGAAGUCUUUAACUCUAUUGCCGAUUAUCCACAACAUCCCCUUUUGCAAGAUCGCAACCAAAGUACAAGAUAUCCUGGCUGCACAAUCCAACAUCGGUUUCGAAGCACUCUUUGCGCUGGACGCAGAGCUCGAGAAAUGGCACGAUGAUCUACCACCUAUGCUCCGAGAUGUCGUUGAGCGGCCUCCUCUCCGCAAGCGCCACAGCUCGACUGCUGGCGACCACAAGGUCUCACCAAGAUCAGGAUAUAUUCAGUCGACAGGCAAGAGCACAAUCGAUUUUUCACAGCCUCCGGAUCGUGAUCGGACUGUAUGUCCGGAGGUUUUGAAGACGCCGCGAGCAAUUAUGCGUUGGCGCUACCAAAAUCUCAAGAUCUUGAUGCAUCGGCCAAUCCUACUGGCAACAGCAUUGCGCAGGACUCCGUGGUCGAACAUGUCAGCCGAGGAAAGGUUGGCAGUGGGCAGGUGUCGAAUUGUCGCGAGCCAAACAAUCUCUGACAUUGUCGCAACUUGUCAAGAAAACUUGAUUGCGGGCUGGAAUGCAGUCUGGAUGAUGUACCAGGCAGUGAUGAUCCCACUGGUCUCACUUUUCUCCGUACUGGCUUUGCCGCCAAAUGGAUCGACAGCGGCCGAGAGCCCAUUGCUGACGCCGGGAAGCCAUGGAGGCACCACCACCACUCCUGGAAGUGACGAUGACCUGGAAAGUUGGAAGAGAGAUGUCGAGAAAACCAUUCCCUUCUUUGACAGAAUGCAGCGGUGGUCUGUUGCUGCUAGUAAGAGUCGAGACGUCGUGCAGCGACUUUACGAUGCGACGAAAUACGUUGCGGAGCACAAUGCGCAAUACCAUCAACAGCAGCAGGACCUGCUGCAGCGGAGAAUGUCACUUGUCCUUCCAGUCGCGCAAGCCGAAGCGGAAACAGCACAACGACCGGACGCCCAAGCAGAUGCUGGUUCUUCCCACGAUGCCUUUGCGGCGGCACAAGGCGUGUUUCCAGCCCAACCACAAUAUGGCCUCAUGCAGCCUGGAUGGACGCUCAGUCCCGGACUCACUGGAGAGGCGGCUGUGAACCAAUUCUGGGAUGAGAUGAUGUGGGAUACGUUUCCCACAGACAUGCCGGAUAAUUCGACUUUCGUAGAUGGCAUGGGCCAGGAUGACUGGUGGCCGCAGCAGCAGGACUGGACGCAGUGGCCUGGUGGCUCACAAAUGUAAAGAUUCGACUCCCAGUAACAUAUAGCAUCCGCACCGUUGUACAGAUAGUCGAAUGAACAGUGUCAGGAAUAGGACAUUGGAUUUGUCCACUUCAUGCCAUGAUCGUUUCCCAUCCGUUCUGGAUCAUUACAUCCAGCCAGUAGACGUCCUGCUGUCCGGCGUCUAUUCUUCUCCAGGUCUCUUGUACAAUGUCGAUGCAUACGCGAAUGGGUUUCGGAGGUAGUAACCUCAGACAGCUGGUCAGGCGAUCGAGGACCAUUUUUCGCAUCAUGGCCACUUCUGCGAAAUGCGAAUCGAUCCCUUCGUCAUCCUCGUUCAUGCUUUCUGCUCCAUCAACGUUGUUAUUUGGAUCCUUGGGCAUCUCGCAUAUAAGCUCCGACGAGAGAACAACGAGAAGGAAAGGCUGGAAGUCUCGUGUGCCAGACUCCAAAGGCAUCGUCUCGAGU